AUGCCGGGUAUACGCCCCGUGGCUGCGCGUUGUAUUGUGGCGAAGGCUCAGCAGCAACAGCUGCCUGAGGCCCUUCUGUUUGACUGUGACGGCGUCCUUGUGGAUACGGAGCGAGACGGACACCGCGUCAGCUUCAAUGAGGCGUUCAAGCGAAAAGGUCUGGAUCACGUCUGGGACGUAGACCUGUACGGCGAGUUGCUCGAGAUCGGCGGCGGCAAAGAACGCAUGACCAAGUACUUCAAUGACCACCUAGACAAGGAACCGUUCAAGAGCAUCAAGGAUCCAGCCCAACGUAAGGCCCUGGUUCAGGAUCUCCACCUGCUGAAAACGGAUCUGUUUAUGGAUCUUGUGGAUUCUGGAUCCAUGCCCCUGCGGCCUGGAGUGGCCCGCCUGAUUGGCGAGGCCAUUUCCGCCGGUGUGCCGGUUGCCGUAUGCAGUACAUCAAACGAGAGAGCCGUAUCCACAAUCGUACGGGUGAUGCUGGGCAGCGAGGUGGCGGCGGUUAUGCGGGUUUUUGCGGGCGAUGUCGUACCUAAGAAGAAACCGGACCCAGCCAUCUAUCUGCUGGCGGCUCGCGAGCUGCGAGUUGACCCUGCCAGAUGUGUGGUGGUGGAGGAUUCGCGAAUUGGGCUCCAAGCAGCCAAGGCGGCUGGAAUGACUUGUAUCAUCACCAAGUCCAGCUACACGCAGGAUGAGGACUUCAGCGGCGCGGAUGCGGUGUUCCCGUCCUUGGGCCGUGACUCGGACGCGACUGCCAACACUCUACGCAGCCACUCCGCAGCCCCUCCAUCCGGGGAUGGCGCUGCAGUGAAGACACCACGAAGGGCUCUCAGGUCCCGCUAGAGCGAGUCCACAAGUCUCAGCUAGGGCAAAGUCAAAGGCUCUCUGAAACAACCCCCCAAAACACCACCCACGAAAACGGGAUUCUAAGGGAAGAAACAAACAAACAAAAAUUCGGUUAGGGUAGUCCCGGCAGGGGAGGGCUCCUGAUAUACCUAACAGGCCAACAAAAAACUUCCAAGAGAGAAAGGCUAAGAGAGCUCGACACCACACGACGUCUUGCAACCACCUUUAAAAGGACUGACCUCCACCACCUGUCCCUUCCUGGGCUGGUCCAGGGGAGAAGUAGCCUUAUAAAGAAAAGGGACCACGCACAAGCCCGAUCACCACUGCUGGAGCCCGGGAUAGACCGGCGAAACCACAAAAGCGAUAGCGUUGCCACGACACACAGCUCCUAGACCCUCCAGAAUACCGCAGGGGGAGGAAUGUAGCCCGCGCGGCGCCUCCCCCUUACCGCCACUAACCUGAACGGUUGGUCCUCCAGAAACCUAUUCACCAUGUCUCGUACUGCACCGCUCUCACCCUCGUCUCUCACCAAGCAACCCAGUCCCACAGAGAAGACGUGUCUAAAUAGAAUGGCCCUCCUCGGGCCACACCUCCCCCUCAUCCGAGCCCCACCAGACCUCAACCUCCCACACACCAGAAAACCCACGUCCUUUUGGCGCUCUCACCGCCAUCUCCCCCCUCCCCUGUCCGAGCGACCCCACCUCCCCCCGGCUCUCCAGCACCCUACAACCUCGGAGCGGCACUAGUGAAGAAAAAGGGUUCUUCCCUGCACGACGUGACCGCCUCCAUUCCCCGUCCUUCUCCUCUCCCUCUCCCGUCUCGGGGUUCCCUCUCACCUAUUCCCUUGCCCUCCAACCCCCAUCCCCCUCGAACUCCUAUACCCCCCCGAGCCCUGCCCUACAAACUAAGCUCAAAGCGCUCUUAGGCAAUAAUU